AUGUCGACAGAAGAGAUGUCCAUCGAAGCGGCGCACGACCCGCGCCUCACCACGACAGCGUUCGAGGGCGCGAAAAAGCUUCAUAUCUCCGCUGAGGAAGCCGCCUUGAUGGUCAAAGGGUCUAUGCAGUUUCCCAAAAGCUACCAUGUCUGGGGUCUCACGAUUCCGGCGUACAGCCAUCCUCGCGUUCAGGUCGUACUCUUGGGAUGCGUCAUUUUCAUGACUGCAGGUAUCUACCAGGUCAUCACUGCUCUGGGUGGUGCCGGGCAGCAAAGUGCGCAGCUUGCCGACUCGGCUAGUAUCACACUGUUCUCCGUCUUCAUGGGCUUCACCUUGUUGGCCCCGCCGGUAUUGAACUACUUCGGAAUCCGCCUCACUCUUGGAGUCGGCAGCUUGGGGUACGCAGCUUAUUCCGCCAGUCUUUGGUGCUACAACCAUACUGGUAACCAGCCAUUUGUCAUCUUUGGAGGCGCGUGGUGCGGUUUUUCAGCUGCCUUCCUCUGGGUCGCCGAGCGAGUCGGGCCUGUCGCAUACGCAUCCGAGGACCAAAAGGGGUUUUAUGUUGCGAUCUUCUGGACGGUCUACCAGAUCGGCACUAUGUUGGGUGCAGCUAUCCCUGUGGGACAAAACUGGAACGCUGGAGUCAACAACCACUCCACGGUGACUGACGGAACAUACAUUGGUCUCUUCAUCAUCAUGCUUUGCGGAGCAGGCGUCUCAUUCUUGUUGCUUCCCAUGGACAAAGUGGUCCGUGAGGACGGAACUAGAGUAGCAUUGCCGGUGAGUUUUGUCUGCAUUAUCUGCAUUAUCUUCGCGUUGCUAGGGCUUCCAAAAUUCAUCAUUCCAGAGUUACUGACUUUCGCCGAACAGCCUGCGCUGUCAUUCAAGGAACAAAUCAAAGCCUGCGCCAAAGUAGUCAAGCAUAACUACUGGAUUAUGCUGGUUUGGCCCUACUCGUUCUCAGUCUACUAUUACGUCGUAUACCAAGCCAACCGGUACAACGGACUAGUGUUCACAGUCCGCGCACGAGCUUUGAAUAGCUUGAUGAAUUGCUUCAUGGCCAUCCUGGCCGGUUGGGUCAUGUCUCUAAUCACGGACAGACUGCCGUUCAAGCGACGACAGCGCGCGUACUGCGGACUGUUCUUCAACUGGUUUCUCGUCAACGCAGUCUGGCUCGGUGGCUACUUUGCCAUGAGAGAGACAGUCUCUGGCCUCACCGAGUCUGAGAAGCUGGACGUCUAUUCCCCGGGCUACGGCGCAAAGGCAUUCUUGUUCGUCAUGUACGGAUACAUGGACGGAAGCUAUAUUACAUAUCUUUCGUGGUUCUUCGGCGCUCUUUCCAACGACGUCAAGGUGCUCUCCGUCUUUGUUUCAAUGUUGACGUUCUGGUCCUCGGCUUGCCAGAUCGUUGCUUAUACUUUGGAUUACCACCACGUUAGCACCAGAUUCAUGUUUGGAAGUGCCUGGUUUUGCAUGGCCAUUGGUCCUCCAUUCCUCUUCCCAAUCAUCAAGUACUGGAUGAAAGAUACCUCCGUUCUCACUCUGGAAGUGCUCAACGGCACGGUACCAAGUGUGGACGAAAAGACUAGCGAUGCUCUACCGACCGAGAAAGGUAUCUCGGCCACAACGACCGUAGACAUGUUCGAGGGUAAGUAA